ACAGUUUUUGUGUGACAUCAAAAUGGCUGCGCACUAGAAAGUGGUCCAAUCGUUUUAAUAACAUACGAAGGGUCAUGCUGUCUCCGUUUGUACAGAAACAACAACAACAACUAUAAUUUGUCACCAAAAUUAAAGGUAUUUUGUACCGCUGUCAAAUGGCUUUGUUCAGUGAUGUUUGCCGCGGUGUUCGCACGCUGUUGGGUCAAUGUCAGCGAUCUGCGGCCACAGCUGCGUGGAUUCACUGUCAAUCAUCUUGGAAAUAUAGUCAGACAGCACCUGAGCCGGAACCAGUGAUUAGAGAUAAUGAAGCCAUCGAUAAAACAUUUGUUAACCGAAACCCAAGAAACCUGGAACAGAUGGCCCUGGCAGUGAAGGACCGAGGCUGGGCUACAGUGUGGCCCUCCAGACAAUAUUAUCACAGGUUGGUGUUCAGACGCACACAGCAUCACAUCACAGCUGAGGUGUUCUCCGGUGACUCUGUAGAUCCUGUGCUGUCCUGCUCCACGAAGGAGUGGGCAUUGAAGCGUGAGCUGGGCUCCACGCGGUCUGUAGCAGCUUGUCGUGCCGUAGGUGAGGUGCUUGCUCAGCGGUGUCGGGACGCAGGGAUCACAAGGAUUGUUUAUCGAGAGGUUCCGUGGAAGUUUCGCUCGGGGUCGAAUCAGACAUUCUGGACAGCACUGAAAGAGGGCGGCAUCAUGCUUAGUGAACAAAGACAAAAAUUCAUUUAAGUUGCAGCAUCACUUUUUUACCAUUAUUAUUGUUAUGAAAUGUGGCUUUUGUCUGUAAAUAUAAAUAUUCUUAUAUUCAAACUGUGUAUUCAUUGAGUUGGUUACAUAGGUGUCCUCAACACGUUAUACCUGUUUGAUUAUUGGGUUUUAAAUCUUUGGGUUGACAGUGAAUUGAUUCAGUGGUUUUCAGUUUGUUUCUAAAGUGCUGUUUGUAAUUAUAUAAGGUUCUUAAAAUGCUUUUACGGAUGCAUUUCAGACAAAAACAAUGACAAAAAAACUUCAGGCCACUGCAAAUAAUACUACUGUGCAAACUACUUUUUUCUAUCAAAUAUAUGCAGCCUUAAUGAGCUGCAGAGACUCAAAAAUAUUUGAGCAGUAUGUGUUC